AUGAUAAGUUGGGACCGUCCUCCGACAGGCUGGGUUUGCUUAAACACUGACGGCUCAGUUGUUUUAGCUCAGAAGAGCACUGCUGCGGGUGGAGUGCUCAGGGGAUGUGAUGGGAGAUUCAUCAAGGCUUUUGCCGCCAAUUUAGGUGGUGGAUCGAUUACUCAUGCAGAGUUGGGAGGCAUAGCUUAUGGGUUGCGGGUGGCCUGGGAGGAGGGACUACGGAAAGUGAUACUACAGACUGAUUCGACAACGGCAACAAACCUGCUCAAGGAUGCGGAUCACCAUAAUCCACACUAUACCUUGAUAGCAUCUAUCCGAGAGCUGCUGGCCAGAGACUGGGAGAUCCAGCUAGUACAUGUUUUUCGUGAAGGCAACUAUGUUGCGGAUUAUUUGGCGUCUGUUGGCCAUUCGUUACCUAUAGGAGUUCAUUUGGUUGAUGUCCCGAGCCCUACCCUGCGGCAUUGGUUGUAUUUUGACACUAUUGGGGUCCAGACCCAGCGAACUAUCGUUAAUUAA